CUAGAAUUUUAGAAACAUAAAAACAAACCCCAAAUGUCAUGUUCUCUAAAACUCCCCAAUAUCUUGAUUCAUCAAUCCAUGAAUCACUCAACAAUCUACUGACCAAAUUCUCACAAACCAACAAUUUCAAAUCCAUCAAACAACUUCACACUCAUCUACUUAAAACAGGAAUCAUCUUCAUCUCCUACACACUUCAAACCAAUCUCACAUACUCAUACACUAUCUGCUCUCAACAAAACACCAUCAAAACCCUAACCAAACUCUUCAAUUCCUCCAUUAUCACACACCCAGUUCCCUUCAAUUCAAUCAUAUCUUCUUUUGUUAGAAAUGGGUACCCUUUUGUUGCUCUCAAAACUCUAUCUUUCAUGCACGUUAAUGGCGUAAAUAUAGAUACAUAUGCGUUAUGUAGCUCGUUGACAGCUUGUUGUUUGACUAAAUCUGGGUUUGGCAAACAGGUUCAUACCCAUGUUGUGAAAUCUGGGUGGGGUUGUAGUGUGUUUUUGGGAAGUGCUUUGGUUGAUUUUUACGCAAAAUCAAUGGGUGUUGGUGAUGCACGCAAGGUGUUUGAUGAAAUGCCUGUGAGAAAUACGGUUUGUGCGAAUGCGCUUCUUUCGGGUUAUGCUGAUGCUAAGAUGUGGGUAGAGGGUACUGAGUUGUUUAGAAGUAUGCCUGGUUUGAAUUUGUGGUAUGAUAAUUGGACGUUUACGGUUGCUUUGAGUGUAUGUUGUGGGUUGUAUGCGAUUGAAUCGGGUAGUGAAAUACACGCGAAAGUGAUUCGAACUGUUCACGAUCCAGGAACCGAUGUGUUCCUCUUGAGUUCGUUGAUUGAUUUGUAUGGAAAAUGUGGAAUGGUAGUUAAAGCUAAACAAGUUUUUAACAUGGCAAGACUUGCCGAUGUGGUGUUGUGGACGGCGAUGCUUGGUGUGUACGGUCGAAAUGGGCGUCACGAAGAAGUGAUUCGGUUGUUUAAACAGAUGUUGAUGAAGAAAAUUAGACCAGAUGGGGUGGCAUUUGUAACAGUUAUAUCAGCCUGUGGUCACACGGGUCAGGUUGAUCUUGGGGCCGAGUAUUUCGAGUCCAUGGCUCGUGACUUUGGGCUAUCCCCGAGUCCCGAGCACUACGGAUGCCUUGUGGAUUUGUUUUGUAGGGCGGGUGAGUUAGAAAAGGCUUGGAAUGUGGUUAAUAAGAUGCCAAAUGAAGUAAGUGCGAGUGUUACAGUUUGGGGCGCGUUGUUGAACGCGUGUUGUGAUCAUGGGCAUGUUGAUUUGGGUAAGUUUGCGGCUCGAAGGGCGCUCGAAUUGGAUCCUAUGAAUACCGGGAUCUAUGUUUUGUUGUCGAAUAUGUUCGCUAAAUGUGGUUUAUGGGAUGAAAUCGAACGAUUGAGGGAGUUGAUGCGCGACAAAGGUAUCAAGAAAGAUAUUGGGUGUAGUUGGACUGCAUGACCAAAGAGACGUUGGUCUAGCGGUAUCAUAAUGUUAAUUUAGGAGUAGGAUUUAGAGGGUGAGGGUUAGGGGUGCAAACGAGCCAAGCGGCUCGCGAGUUGCUCGAGAUCGGCUCGAGAAAAAGCUCAAAAUGAGCCGAGAUUUAUCGAGCCUGAGCCGAGCUUGAGCCUAAAACAUAGCUUGUUUAUUUAUCGAGCCCGAGCUCGAGCCUUGCAUGUGAAGCUCAUCAGCCUCGUCGAGCAUUAGUGUAAUAUUGUUUUUUGUUUGUAUAAAAUUACAUUUACCCCCUUA